CCCAGGUCGGUGCUCUGUAACCAUACGUGGCACACACUAUUGGGCCGGUCCUGUGUGGAAUAGGGGUUAUUUCCGGAUUUCUUCAGGUGAAAAUAAACUGUAUAUAGUAUAGAUUUUGUUGGUUCUGAAGUCAAGCAAUCCUGUCCUGAGGAUGAGUUACAUGAACCAACCACCUGGGGGUGGAUAUCAGCAACCUGGAUACAACUCUUAUGCUCCUCCCCAGGGUCAGGCUCCGCCCAAUGCUUAUGGAAGCUAUAGUAACCAACCUAGCCAACAGGGAGGUCCACCUGCAGGAGGUCCGCCUCCCCCUGGGCCUGGGAAACCGCCUGCAGGAGGUGCAUAUGGUGAUAACAGGCCACCGCAGAACUCAUAUGGAGGCUCAUCCAUGAAUGGACCAUCGUCGGGGCCUCCGCCAUCAGGUCCUAGUGGUAACCAGUUCGGGGCUCCUAGACCGAUGGGUGGGUACCCUUUACAAGGGCAGCGGCCAGCUGGACCCGGGCAAGGACUACCUGGACAGGGACCACCAGGACAAGGACAACGCGCUCCUCCUCCAAUGGGAGGACAACCACCUCAGGGGCAACCCCAACAAAAUCUCCCGGGGAGUUAUCAGCAAACCAGACCACCAGUGUCCAGCUCACAAUCUGGUUUUUACCAACCUGGUGCCCCACCCCCGCCAGGCGGAGCUCAACCUAUGAAGCAAGUUACCAAUCAGAUGUCAGCUAUGAAUGUAUCUGGUGGUCCACCCCGCCCAGGCUAUAAUAUGGGAGGUCCUGUAGGAGGUCCACCACCACCUACAUCAGGGGGAUAUGGGGCACCACCUCCGCCAACCUCAGGGGGUUAUGGGGCACCACCACCUUCCAGCCAAGCACCUCCUUCAGGGUACCAAGGCCAGCCCCCAACAAGUUACGCUCCAGGACCUUCAACUAAUAACUACUCCAGUGCACCCCCUCCAUCAUCAAGUUACGCAGGUGCUCCUCCAACAAAUACAAACUAUGGUCAACCAAGCACAGGGGGACCGCCCCUUCUGAGUAGCUAUGCAGGAGCACCACCCCCUACCUCGAUGGGGCAAGGACCAGCUUAUGGUGCGGGUGCCCCGCCCCCAAUGGGGUCAAGCAUGACUCCGCCCGCCACCCCACCGGGGACCGGUCAAGUAGGUCCGCAAGGAAUGGGAUACCAAACUGGAGGUCCACCUCCCCCAGGAGGAAUGGGGAUGCCGCCACAGGGUGGCGUAGGGGGGUAUGGACACCCCCCUGGUCCAGGUGGAAUGCAACCUCAACCACAGGCGCAACAGCCAGCUCCAAAGAGACUCGAUCCUGAUCAGAUGCCAAGUGCAAUUCAAGUAAUAGAUGAUGACAGGAAAAGUAGAGGAGGUCAGCAAUUUAUCACAAACCUUAGAGGACAGGUCCCACCCCUUGUUACAACAGACUUCCAGGUUGUAGAUCAAGGAAAUGCCAGUCCUAGAAUUAUCCGUAGUACCAUGUAUAGCAUUCCAUGUACUCAAGACCUUGUCAAACAGUCACAGAUUCCUAUUGGAGUUGUCAUAUCACCGUUUGCAGAGAUGAUAAACAAUGAGAAUCAGCCUCCUAUAGUAGACCAUGGUCCUAAUGGUCCCGUAAGGUGUAAUCGAUGCAAGGCCUACAUGUGUUCUUUCAUGACUUUUGUGGAGGGAGGCAGGCGGUUCCAAUGUGCCUUCUGUGGUGGUCUUACAGAAGUUCCGCCUGAAUUCUUCCAGCCUUUGGAUCACAUGGGGAAGAGAGUUGAUAUGUAUGAAAGGCCUGAGCUAUCAUUAGGAACCUAUGAAUUCUUAGCUACAACUGAUUAUUGUAAAAACAACACACAGCCAAACCCACCAGCUUACAUCUUCAUGAUAGAUGUAACAUACCAGAGUAUGAAGACUGGUAUGGUUAACCUACUUUGUCAAAGACUCAAGACACUCUUGGAUGAUCUACCAAAAGAGCAUGGAGCAAAGGAGUCCAACAUCAGGGUGGGUUUUGUGACAUAUGACACCACGCUUCACUUCUAUAAUGUGAACAGCGCCCUCGCUCAGCCUCAGAUGCUGGUUGUGUCCGAUAUCAACGAUGUUUUCAUGCCUUUACUAGAUGGGUUCUUAGUUCGGCUUUCAGAAUCAAGGGCUUGUAUUGAAAGCCUUUUAGAUCAGAUCCCAGAAAUGUUUGCAGAGACGAGAGAGACCGAGUCCAUGUUGGGACCAGUUGUACAAGCUGGUUUAGAGGCUCUCAAGGCUGCUGAUACGUCAGGCAAGCUCUUAUUAUUCCAUUCAUCGCUUGCAAUCCUGGAAGCCCCAGGAAAGCUCAAGAACAGAGAUGACAGAAAACUCUUGGGGACAGACAAAGAAAAGACCGUGUUGACACCACAGAUCAACUUCUACACCAAGCUAGGUCAGGACUGUGUGACAAAUGGCUGUAGUGUAGAUACCUUCCUCUUCCCAAACUCCUACGUAGAUGUAGCAACGGUUGGUCAGGUCUCUACGCUCACUGGAGGACAGUGCUACAAGUACAGCUACUUUCAGGCUGCCAAUGAUGGGGAGCGUUUUAUCUCUGACCUCACCCGGAACCUUACCCGCGAGACAGGCUUUGAUGCAGUCCUCAGGGUCCGUACCAGCACUGGCAUCAGACCAACAGACUUCUAUGGUAACUUCCACAUGUCAAACACGACAGACGUGGAGCUCGCAUCGAUAGAUUGUGACAAGGCGGUUACCGUGGAGAUCAAGCAUGAUGAUAAACUACAAGAAGAUGUAGGAGCAUUUAUCCAGACUGCUGUGUUAUAUACCAGUGUUAGUGGUCAGAGACGACUACGUGUCAUCAAUCUCUCCCUCAACUGCUGCUCUCAGAUGGCUGAUAUGUACCGCAACUGUGAGACGGAUACCAUUAUCAAUUUCCUUGCCAAAUAUGCUAUCCGAGGUGUACUGAACUCUAAUCCCAAAGCCAUCAGGGAUAGCGUCAUCAAUAGAUGUGCCAACAUCCUAGCAUGCUACAGAAAGAAUUGUGCUACACCCUCAUCUCAUGGACAGCUCAUCUUACCAGAGUGUAUGAAAGUACUCCCUCUAUAUGUGAACUGUGUGAUGAAGAGUGAUGCAUUCUCUGGAACCACAGACAUCACUACUGACGAUAGAAGCUGGUUGAUGCAGACCGUUCUGUCCAUGGAUGUAGUCUCAACUCAUGCAUACUUCUACCCUAGACUCAUCCCAGUUCAUGACAUUGAUGUGAACAGCGAAGACAUCCCCAGCGCGGUCCGAUGCUCCAUUGAAAGAUUCCAAGACCAAGGCGUUUACCUCCUUGAAAACGGUCUCAUGCUCUUCAUGUGGAUUGGAUUACAUGUGAACAAUGACUGGGUUCAGAACGUGUUUGGUGUAACCUCCCCCGCCCAGAUCAACAUCGAAUCACAUCAGCUGCUUGAGAGAGAUAACCAAACGUCCAGGCGGCUGAGGAAUAUGAUCGAUGUGCUCCGCUCGGAAAGACCGAGAUACAUGAAGCUGACCCUUGUGAGACAGAGGGACACCCUAGAGCCAUGGUUCAAGCAUUUCUUGAUGGAAGACAAGGGAUCCAACGCCUCGGCAUCCUACGUAGACUUCCUGGUCCAUAUGCACAGAGAGAUCCGUAGUAUCCUGAGCUGAGACCUGUGAUGAUGAUCAUCUUUCAAUGAUAUCCUGAGAUAAACAUUAGCAUAGUCUAGAUCUUAAGUGUGAGGUCCUAGGUCUCUGUGAUGCCUAUGUGUUUAACCCGCUGCCUACUGGAAUGGAUGACCUCUGCACAGAGCUUUGGGUAAUGACAGAAGUCGGGAGUCAAAGGGUUACUAGCCACCAAUAUGGACCUAAACUUGGUGUUCGGACUGAGCAACGAAAUGAUUAUCAUCAUAGUCUGGUCGAAUUUGAGACGAGAAAUUGCCAUUUGAAUAUCCUUACUGGAACUUGGAUUUGGUUGCUUUUCAAGCGAUAACAAUAAAAUGAUACUGGUAGUGCAGUUUAGAUCGAGCAUGAAAUAAUUUUAAAGCUGUCAAGGGCGGUUGUUUUUGUAGAGUUAUAAUCAUAUAACCAUGAGAAUUGGCCACAACUUGAUGUUCAGAGGAGCCCAUAUCUUGGACGUGGAACUUGGGAAUGGAUCGCACAUCCUUCAAACUUGAUACUCCUCAGGGAGUGGAGCAGGUGGGUUAAUCAGUCUAAAGCUUGAAUCGACUGAUCGGGUUCAUGUGAUUAUGAUUAAUCAUAUUUUAAAGGUUACAACAGAAGUAUCGAUAUCAUUUCAUACAUUAUUGUCACUGUUACACUGCUCGGCAAUGCAUAAAGUAUGUUCAUUCGACUCCCUGAUAUUUGGGACCUUAGUGAAAUGGUUUAUCUCUGUUUUCGAGUUCAUAUGAAAAGCUGCAAUGCUCUCAAAUUAUCGUGGCUUGAAUAGUUCAUAUAUUGAAGUGAAAAAUGGGUUUUCGGAUACACAAACUGAUUAACGUUAUUGAAUUGCCCUGCCUAGGAGUGAAAAUAGACUGCCUAAUUAAGUAUAAAGUGCUUAGUCAUUAUUAAAGAAUGAAACUGAUGCUUAUUCUAUUGUUUUGGUAUUGAGAUGGUAUGUCCCCUAGCUUUGUUUUCAAUCAUGUUUCCUACCAAGCAGUUUGGUUUUAUGUUUGCAGACAUCUUAAAGUUUAAUCUUAAUAUGAUGUGA